GCCGAGCCGGGGGAGUCCGAGUUCAGCGUCGCGGCAGCGGGAGACAAAGCGCCUGAGAAAUGAAUGGGACGGGCCCACUCGAACCUUCGCGUUAACCAUUUCAGCCCCGGCAGGGCGGAACCGAAGACGGUAGCGCUCGGAGGAGAGAGUCGAGAGCCCAACUCCAGAUCUGGAGAUUCUUUUUUGAAAUGAAGCCUGGGGAAGAUAGUUUUCCAGAUAGGGUUUCAGAGCAUGUUGGCCUCUUCCUUAGUUUAUGAAAGUUCCCAUGUUUCUUUAUUCAUGUGGGCCCUAAUUAGAAGUAUGAAGCAUACAAGAUGAUGUGAGUGGAUUAUAAUAGAAUUGACAUGAGUAUAUGAUUUUAUUGGGGAAAAACUCAACUCCCUCUCAGGCUUCUCCCCACAACAUGAAGAAUUUAUUACCAACACCCAUCAAAAAUAAUAUAUGACCUGGAAAUAUCAAGAUCCUGGUGGAAGAAAUGAGAUUCUGUGCUUAAACCAAGUGCUUUUUCAUAAGUUUGUGUUAAUGCAUUUUUAUCAAUUCUACAAAUAUUAGAAUACAAACUUACGUUCCACCCCAUCCUUUUGCAUAAUUUAAGAAAUAUAAUUUCAACUGAGUUCGAAAUCUUCACUAAGUUAUGAAGGCACAGCAGAAAUAACACACCAAUCAUGGAUACAAAUAGGGCAGAUUCCCCACAAAUUGAUUCCCCACAAACUGAUGAUAAUUUUAUGAUGGAUAAAAUCAACAGUUUAAAAGUGGAACCAGAAGAUGAUAGUAAUUGUGCUUUAGAAACAAUGGAUAUAAAAACUGAGCAAGAAGACAUAAGGCAGUCAGACAGCAGCGAUGAACAAGAUGACGGUGAAAAGAAUUUCCUUCAUAACAAUUCAGGCAAAUACAUCUCUGCAGAAAAUGAAGAUGAUUAUGGAUCUCUGUUUUCCCAAUACAGCAGCACUCUUUAUGAUGUAGCAAUGGAAGCUGUAACACAGAGCCUUCUUUCAAGCAGAAACAUCAGCCCCCGAAAAAAGUCCCCUGCUUGGAACCAUUUCUUUAUAUCUCCUAGAGACAGCACUAAAGCAAUAUGUAUGUACUGUAUGAAAGAAUUCAGCAGGGGUAAAAAUGAAAAAGACCUAAGUACAAGUUGUCUAAUGAGGCAUGUGAGGAGAGCCCAUCCUACUGUACUCAUUCAGGAAAACGGAAGUAUGGCAACUAUAUCUUCUUUUUCUUCUUCUACCUUAUUAAUGCCACCUCAGCCUGCAGAUGUUGUAGAUUUAACUAGUGUGUUAUCCCCUAUAAAAUUAGUUAAGAAACCUGUUUCUAAGAUUCCAUCCCCGGAUCAAAUAGCCGAGGAAUCUAUUCCUGUAGUUUCUACUGAAGAAAUGCCCUCAGACCUGUCGCAUACUGAAAAGAGCAUUAAAGAAGAAUGUGGUGUUGGGUUAGCUCAAAACUUGUCUAACAAUCAGUGUGAAGAAAUGUUGGAAAAUGAAGCAGAGAAAACUGUUCAGGUCCCUAAGAGUACAUCUGGCUCCAGAAGAAGGUCUGCUGUCUGGAAACAUUUUUAUUUGUCUCCUCUAGACAACUCAAAAGCUGUUUGUAUCCACUGUAUGAAUGAAUUCAGUAGAGGAAAGAAUGGAAAAGAUCUUGGAACCAGUUGUUUAAUCCGACACAUGUGGAGAGCUCAUCGUUCUAUUGUUCUACAAGAGAAUGGAGGUGGUUCAAGCAUACCCCCUCUGUAUUCUGCUCCUCCAACUUUAUUGCCACCUUUAUUGCCUUCAGAUGGUGAACCAAGUUCUGUGUCAUCUCCUGAAAAAAUGGCUAAAGAACCAACAUCUGUCUGUUCUUCUCCAGAUAGAACAGCUGAAGAAAACAAUUCUAAUCUCCCCUUGGGAGAUACACUCAUGGAGGAGUCAUCAUUAUUGUUAUCAUCUGAAGAGAUUGGUGAAGCCUCUUUUGUUUCUUCCCCUGAAAAAAGUCCUUUGAUAUUUGAACAUGGCCCUAUUUUUCAACAGAAUAAACGGACAAUGCGAAAGUUUAAGUUAGAAGUAUGGCAUCAUUUUUCUUUGUGUCCAGAGGAUAAUCUAAAAGCUGUGUGUAGACACUGCAAUUGUAUGAUAAAUCGUGGGAAAAAAGGUGAUUUGGGCACAAGCGGUUUGACAAGACACUUAUUUAGAUAUCAUGCUGAAGUCAUUGGGGUACAGAAGAGCUUUACAGAUGUGAGUUUAGCAAAUUCUCCUUAUGCUACUUUGGCUUCUGCAGAAUGUUCAUCCUCAAAAUUGACUGACUUACCUACGAUGGUUACCAACGAUAGUCAAGUCAUAUUUCCUGUCAGUAGCAAAAAGACCUCAAAACUGUGGAAUCAUUUUUCAAUUUGUUCUGCAGAUUCAACUAAAGUAAUAUGUAUGCACUGUGGACGUACAAUAAGUCGAGGGAAAAAGCCAACCAAUCUAGGUACCAGUUGCCUUCUAAGACACUUACAACGGUUUCAUCACAAUGUCCUGAAACCAGAUGCCUCAGAGCCAGUAUUGUCCUCUUCUACAAAUAAUCACGUACCACUGAGCACAGAUCUGUUGGGAUCUUCAUCUUUUGAUGAAACCAAUGACAAGUUUUCUGACACUCACCCUGUUGCCAAAAAAAUUACAAGUCUUGUAGCUGAAAUGAUUGCACUUGACCUUCAGCCAUAUUCUUUUGUAGACAAUAUUGGCUUUAAUCGACUGCUCGAAUACUUGCAGCCUCAAUAUUCAUUGCCUUCACCAUCUUAUUUCUCACAUACCGCGAUUCCUGCUAUGUAUGGUAAUGUGAAAGAAAUCAUUGUUUCACAUCUUAAAGAAGCUGAAAGUGGGGUGGUCCAUUUUACGUCGGGAAUAUGGAUGAGCAACCAAACCCGAGAGUAUCUAACCCUUACUGCUCAUUGGGUAACGUUCGAUUCCAAGAUUCGACCACAGUGUGAAGAUUACCAUUGUUCAGCUCUCUUAAACGUAUCACAGAUAGAUUGUGACUACAGUGGUAUCAGCGUUCAAAAGCAACUAGAAUAUUGGUGGGAAGCCUGGAUAACAUCCAUUGGGCUUCAGGUUGGAAUUACUGUUACAGAUAACCAGGCUAUAGGGAAAACAUUAAAUGAAGGGGAGCAUUCAAGUGUGGAGUGCUUUGGUCACACAAUUAACCUCAUAGUGAAUGAAGCUAUUAAAAGCCAGAGAAUGGUUCAGAACCUGCUUAGUAUUGCAAGAAAGAUAUGUGAACGUGUUCAUCGGUCGGCAAAAGCAAGAGACAAACUUGCAGAGCUACAGAAAGAGUAUCACUUGCCACAGCACCAGCUAAUUCAAGAUGUUCCAUCAAAAUGGAAUACAUCAUUCCAUAUGCUCGAACGCCUAAUUGAACAGAAAAGAGCUAUUGAUGAAAUGUCCAUAGAGUGCAGCUUCAGGGAGUUAAUAAGCUGCGAUCAGUGGGAAGUGAUGCAGUCUGUCUGUCAUGCACUGAAACCAUUUGAAGUUGCAAGCAGAGAGAUGAGUACAAACAUUUCCACUUUAAGCCAAGUAAUUCCAAUGAUUCACAUACUCAACCGGAAAAUUGAACUGCUGUUUGAGGAAACAAUGGGCAUAGAUACCAUGCUAAAGUCCUUAAAGGAAGCAAUGGUAAGUAGACUGUCCUCCACGCUUCAAGAUCCAAGGUAUAUUUUUGCUACACUUUUGGACCCUCGUUACAAGGCUUCCUUAUUCACUGAAGAAGAAGCAGAACAGUAUAAACAGGACUUAAUCAGGGAGCUAGAAAUAUUAAAUGCUACCUCAGAUGAUGAUGAGCAACCUGUUUCCAAUGGCUGUGGUUUGGGUUCACCAUCUAAAAACUCUUAUGGAGACAAUAAUCUUUGGUCACUGGUGGAAGACGUGAAAAAAGCAAAAGUUCCAAAAGAGAAGGCAAAGUUGCCAGAAGCAAUGGUGCUUUUAUACUUGGAGGAAGAAGUGCUUGAGCAUAACUGUGAUCCCCUAACUUACUGGAACUUUAAAAAGUCGUCUUGGCCAGUACUGUCAAAGUUGGCUGUUCGAUUCCUAGGUUGUCCUCCAAGCAUUGUUCCAUCAGAGAAAUUGUUCAGUACAUCCAAUGAAAACAUCAACUUUAGUCAGUCAAGGCUAGCAAUGGAACACUUCGAAAAACUUAUAUUUUUGAAAGUAAAUCUUCCUUUGAUAUACUUCCAGUAUUGAAACUAAUGAACAAGCUGCCAGUCUAAAAUUGUUGUUUGCUCACUGGAUAAUUACUGUAUUUGUAACUUGGAUUGUUAAACUGCUCCAGUAGGGGCCAUGUAUGACAUCUAAUCAGUGACUGUAGUUCCAAAUUUAGUUUUAUUUUUCAUCUUUCUAUAUGUCUACAUGUGCCUUAUUAAUAGUCCUUCAGGCCAGAUAUUGUAUAUAAGUGGGUUUUUUUAAAUUUCACAUUAGAAUUAGACUUGUUUUGUCCCAAUUAUAAAAAGUAGAUUUUAAUUGAGAACUGUAAAUGUUUCAAAGCAGUUUGAAUAGAAUGGCAAAAAAAGAGAUGUAAACAGUUCUAUUAUGUAGUUUUUUAUUCAAUUAUGUAAAAACCAUAAACCAGGUACUGUAUAUUAGUUGAACAUUGCUUUAAUUGCAAGAACCAUUUUGUAGCUGUCAGAAGAAAGCUGUAUAUAAAGGUGGAACUGAAGCCAUCUUUUUACUUAGCAGGUUUUAACUGCAGGCCUAAUGUACUUAAGGGGUAAUGAUAAUAUUCAAGUAUGAUAUAUGUACUAAGGGUGGCUAUUGAAUUAGUAUUUGAUUAAACUAAACUUAGAAGUAUUAUGAAACACCAGUUAUACAGUAACCUGUAAUCUUGCCAUUCAGUGGUCCCUAUUCAGGUUUUUUACACUGUAACUGAAUUAGAGCUUGAGUAUUUAUAAGGUCUUUGGGACAUUUAUUUUCAAAAUUUUCCAAUUGUUUGUUAUUUAAUGCGGUGUAUUGAAAAGUAAAAUAUAAAGAGUAGGUAUCAUGCUAAAGCCUUUUAAAACGGAGUGCACCUCAACAUCCAAUACUCCUUGGUGUAAAAAUUAAAUCCUGGUUUCGAUGUAAUUGAAAACUGUGUAUGGCAUUCUCUUGCAUUCCCGUUACAAGAAGCUGAUUCUCAAUGAAUAUCUUAUAGAAUGGAGUCCUGCUUAGAAUGUUAUAUAGUAGAAUUACCCAUAAUUGACAGUGUCCGUCAGGCAAAUAAGAUAUUGUAGAACCCUGUUAAGCCUCAAAUAGAGGUAAGAAUAGCCAGCAUUUUAAUUGUAAACAGUAUGCCCUCCACACUUUUGAAAUAUUAUCCAUUUCCCCUUUUUUUGUGCAUUGAAAAUUAUUUGGGGAAAUGAGUUACUAUGACCUUUAGGAAAGAUGUAGUUUUGUUAAAAUACUGUACCUCUGCCUAAUUUUUGCAUUUACUAUGUUUUAGUGUAUUUAUAAAUCGUGAACUCAGUUUCUGAAAUUAAACAUCUUAUUUGCAAUUUUUA